AUGGCAUUAUCCACCAUGAAAAAUAGUUUUUUGGGCAAUGUUAAAAAUUUGGGUCAAGUAAGAUGGAUCUCCAAGGAUAUUCGUAUGGGUUCAGAGUCGCGUCUAGGGAUGUUGGCUGGUUGUAACAAAUUAGCUGAUGCUGUGUCGGUCACUUUAGGACCUAAGGGUCGAAAUGUAGUAAUAGGAACGUCUUAUGGCGCCCCUAAAAUCACCAAAGACGGGGUUACUGUGGCAAAGUCUAUUGAACUUAAAGACCCACUGGCAAAUCUAGGGGCUCAACUUGUCAAACAAGUGGCUUCUAAUACUAAUGACAAAGCUGGAGAUGGGACUACUACUGCUACAAUUUUAGCAAGAGCUAUGUUUCAGCGAGGCUGCAAAGCAGUUGAUUCUGGAAUUAACCCGAUGGAUAUUCUCAGAGGGAUUAAUUUAUCUGUUGAAAAAAUUGUAUCUUGGCUAGAUAAUAUUAAAAAACAAGUCACUACUAAUGAAGAAAUUUUUAAUGUAGCUACUAUUUCUGCCAAUGGCGACAAGGUUAUUGGUAGACUCAUUGCAGAUGCAAUGCAAAAGGUUGGCAUAGAAGGGACAAUAACAGUCUCCGACGGGAAAACGUUGAACCAUGAAUUGGAAGUUGUUGAAGGUCUCAAACUUGAACGUGGAUACAUAUCUCCUUAUUUCAUUGGCAACUCUAAGGAUUUAAAAGUUGAUUUAGAACGUCCUUUUAUUUUGUUGCAUAGUGAAAAAAUAUCAUCCGUACAAAGCAUCAUCCCCGUUCUAGAAUAUGUAUUACAGAAUCAAGCGAGUCUGUUAAUUGUGGCAGAGGAUGUUGAUAGUGAGGCGCUUGCCACUAUGAUUGUUAAUAAAUUGAGAUUGGGACUUAAGAUAUGUGCGAUUAAGGCUCCUGGCUUUGGAGAUACCAGAAGGGAGAUGCUAUUUGAUCUAGCUUCUAUGACCGGUGCCCAAGUCAUAACUCCUGAAAGUGGUCUUAAAUUGGAUAACCCUCAGCAAAUCAAUCAAAUCCUUGGUCGUGCCAAAUUAGUUACUGUUUCUAAGGAUUCUACUAUUAUAAUGGAGGGAUCUGGCGAUAAAAAUGUCAUUGAAGAGAGAUGCAACAUCAUAAGAUCAUUGAUUGAGCAAAGCAACAGUGACUAUGAGAAGGAGAAGUUGCAGGAGCGAUUGGCCAAGAUGACAGGGGGAGUUGCUGUUAUAAAAGUGGGCGGCGCCAGUGAAACGGAAGUAAAUGAAAUAAAGGAUAGAGUCCAAGAUGCACUAUGUGCCACUAAAGCUGCAGUUGAAGAGGGGACUGUACCCGGUGGAGCAACUGCUUUACUAUAUGCUACUAGACAAUUAGAUACUCUAAAGCCAGUGAAUUAUGACCAAAAAGUUGGAAUUGACAUUGUUAAAGAAGCAAUCAAGGCUCCUUUGAAACAGAUUGUGGAUAAUGCAGGCCAUGAAGGAGCGGUUGUUGCCGGGCAUUUACUUAAGCAGGAAGGUCAUACAUUAGGAUUCAAUGCACAGACUGGACAAUAUGUGGAUAUGCUGGCUGAAGGAAUCCUAGAUCCCACUAAAGUUGUGAAAACAGCUCUAACAGAUGCGGCCAGUGUAGCCAGUCUCAUGACAACAACAGAGGCUGCGAUUAUCGAUUUAAAGGAGGGGAAGGAUGAAACCCCCAGUGCAAAUCCAGGUGGUUAUAUGGGGGAUAUGUACUAA